AUGAUCAUGACGACACCAUAUUAUCCAAUGUCACCUGCUUCAAUUGGCAAUAAUACUACCAGCAACAGCAGCAGUAAUAACAAUAGUGCAUACAAUACUGGUACAAGUACACCAGUAUCUAAUGAAUAUGGUACAACUAUUACUAGUAGUAGUAAUAGUAACAACAAUAAUAGCUAUCAUCAACGAUCAAAUAGUAGCAGUAACAAUCAUCAUCAUCAUCAGACAAAGGGUAGUUCAAUUGAAAUGAACAGUUAUUCAUUGGAAGCACUCUUACAAGAACCAGGUGCACUGUCACAUCAGAAACAAGUCACCAUCAAUAAUAUGAAACAACUAGCACUUGAACAUUAUCAUCUAUUCAUUGAUAACUUUAAAAAGUUUAAUCAAACAAAUAUACAAAUGACAACAAUCAAUUCAUCAAUUGAUGUAUUGGUAGAUCAUUUACCAGCAAUCAGUAAGAAUUGUGAAUCAUUCUCUGUAAUGUCACAAGCAAUGACUGGUAAACGAUCAGCCAACAAAACACUGCUCGACAACUUUCCAACCAUACUCGAUUUACUCGAAGUACCACAACUAAUGGAUACAUGCGUUAAAAGUGCAUCCUAUGAAGAAGCACUUCAAUUGGAAGCGUUCUCUAAAAAGAUUGCAAAACAAUACCCAAAUAUUAAGAUUGUUAAUGAAAUUGUAUCUGAAAUAGCUACAAUUACUCAAACAUUAAUAUCAAAUUUACAACAAUCACUACGAAGUAAUAUAUCAUUGACUGAUUCAAUCAAGAUUGUUGGUUUACUACGUCGAUUGGGUGUUUACAAGGAAAAUGAAUUGAAAACUAUCCUAUUAUAUUCUCGGGAUCAAUGGUUAAUGAAUACUAUUAAAUUAAUAUCUGAUCCAAAUCCUGUCACUUUUUUGACAAAAUUAACAGAUUGUUGUAGAACUAAUUUAUUUGAUAUUGUUACUCAAUUUAAUGCUAUAUUUUCAGAUGAUUCAGAUGACGAUACAAAUAUAGAUGAUUUUAUAUUAUAUGGAUGGAUAGAAUUAAAGAUUUCACAUUAUCUAACGACACUUGAAACAACAUUACCUUUAAUUAAAGAAGGUAGCGGUAUAGCAUAUAUACUAGAGAAUGCAAUGUAUUAUUCAUCUUCAAUGUCAAGAGUAGGCGUUGAUUUCCGUCCUCUACUGGCACCACUCUUUGAAAGAACUAUAACCAACUUUUUAAUCUCUAAAUCGGCAACAGCUACACACCAUUUCCUCGAAUCUCUCAAAUCAUUUAAAUUCCAACAACAACCAUCUAAUCCAGCAUCAUCAUCAUCGCCGUCAUCUUCAUCUAUAGUUCAAAUACCACCACCAUCAAUACUUAGAUACCUUCCAUUGGCAGUAUUGACCAAUUCAUUCAUAUCGACAUUUAUUGAAUUAAAAGAAUGUAUACCGGUCUCUAUUGAAUAUCAACUCGUUUCAAUACUCAAAGAUACCCUACUACAAAUUACAAGUGGCAUUUAUUCUUUUUAUAUUCAACAACAAUCUUCUUCCUCUUCUUCCUCCUCAUCUUCUACAUCUUCAUCAUCGACAGUUAUCAUUGCACCAUUAUCAAUUCCUCUUUCACAAAACCCUGUAUUUCAAAAUUUUUGUAAAUGUAUCGUUGAAGAUUUUCUACCAUUUAUUGUAAGAUGUUUUGAUUUGAUAAUCAAUAAUAAGAGUGGAACUUCAUCAAUAGAUAUUAGUGGUUUCACAACAUCUUUAAUUAAAUUAUAUAAUUCAAAUCCAACAACUGUGGUUCCAACAGCUCCAACUGUUCCAACUGUUCCAAUCACCUCAGAACCAACAACCCCAACUCUUCCAAAUACUAUUAAUCGUUCAGUAAUGAAUGGUAAAUUACAACCUGUAGUUGUAAUACCACCUGUAACAGAACAACUCCCAUCACCACCAGUACCAACAAUAACAACAACAACACCAAUAGUUGAAUCAAUCAUCAAUGAAAGUAUUUCAGAAACUAUUAAACCAUCUGGAUCAUUACCAAUGGAAUCAAAUUCAUCGAUUGUUCAAGAUACUCCAAUUAGUCAUAGUGGAGACAAUACAAUUGUUUUAGAAAACAAAGAAAUAAUUAUUCAACAUCAACCACCAAUUAAAGAGAACCAAGAAACAAAUCCAACUGAAAUUAUAAAAGAAGAAGAAAAAGAAGAAGAAAUAAUUAUUAAAACAGAACAAAAAGAUAAUGAUGCUCAGAAUAAUAAUAUCAUCUCCUCUCAACAAUCAGAAGAACCUUCUAAUAAUAAUAUUAUUAUUGAUGAUGAAUCCAUUCAACAACCACCAACAUUAUAA